UACCAUUAUCCCUCCUUUUCCUCAGAUGCGCUCGGAGGGGCAAUAACGCAGCGUCUGGUCCCUUUGGCAACCAGCUUCGGUAGAGAUCUGCUCGCUCCUGCCGCUUCCUGCGUCCGGCUUAUCCGCUUCUGCAACCAUGGCGGUUUACAACGCAGUCCCCCCACCUCCCGGUCUCGGCGGUGCUCCUAUUCGGGGCACCACGCCAGACACGACUGCUCAUGCCAGCCACCCGGUCUCGACGACGACAACAACGGCUGCUGCUUCUACGCAGCGAGGCCCGUCGCCAUUCACCCGGUCGACAUCCGUAACGCCUCAGACCACCACCCAGGCGGCGAGUAGUACCAUCGAUAUCGAGGCGUGGGCCGUGUCCGCGAUCGAGUCCCUGAGUGUCUCCCCAGCGGUGGCGCCAAGACAGCAGCAGCAUCAGCAGCAGCCUCUCUCGAUCCCACUUGAUCAGGAACUCGUCAAGACGAGAAAGGUCUCGAUAGACCCUCGUGCGCGGACCAAUGCUGUGACUCCGCCGCCGCGCCCGCCGUCGGCUCGCGACAGCCAGAAGCGGCGGGAGGCCCUGCUCAAGGGCAAAGAGGGUAGUCGCCAGCGCAGGAGAUGGGAGAAUGACCGCCUUCUCCAUGUCCCUAACGUCCAACCGCCCGAGCCGAUUGACUGGGAGCACCGCCCCACGCAUCCGGUCGUUCAUGUUCCUUACCAGCUCGCCUCAGCAUGGGACUUGCACGUGCGCGCACGGGUCGAGACCAAGACCGCGGCUGCCGCGCGGCGCAAGCAGACCCAAACCCGGACGCUCGGUGAUGAGCACGUCACCGGGCGCGUGCCGAGAGAGCUCUUCGUCCGUGCCAAGAAGGUGCCUGCUGUCAAGACGUGGGUGAGGUCUCUUGAAGAACCGGUCCGAAAGUUCCUCGUGGAGCGAGAAGCCGCCAAACCCGCUGCAGAACUCGAGUCGGACAGCAGUAGUACGGAGGAUGAAGAGAUAGUCUUUGUCGGGCGCAAUGGCACCAUGCGCGAUGGUUGGAAGAAGGCCAAGCGGGAGCCCAAGGGCGCCGACGCGGCACCUCAAGAAGGCAUGGUGUUUGACGCACUUGGCGACGACGAUGAGAGUAGCGCAUUUAAACGAUGGAUUACUCACUCGAUAUCGGACUACUAUGGCCUGAAGUCGCAGUCCGUGUUGAUGGGCAACCCAAGACGCAAGGUUGUCUAUGUGAGUCUCCACCCGCCGUCCGCGCGGCAGCAUCCACAGUCUGUGCAUGCCAUCUCAGAGUUACCACGGCCACUGUGGGAGCUCUGCUGAGUAUCAAAAUACCGGUCGAGUUGAGGAGUUCACCACGCGAUUUGUCAACUUCCAAAAGAAGCUGGGAUCCAUAAGUGCAUCCGUGAGGGCCUGACAACAUUCAUCUGGCAUCUGGUACGG